UUACGAUGCGGACUUUUAUAAUUGUUUUUAACGUCAAAAGUCCGCAGUUUUACGGUAUAAAUUGGAGCAGAAUACCGGCAUAAUUUAUCCUGGGGCAUCCAAUCGCCAAAGCUUUAAGGUAAUAAGAUUAAAAUCCACUGCUAAUCAUGGUCCUUAAAGGCUUUGCUUUUCUGUUGUGUUUGUUUUGUGUGGCUUGUCAGUCUAAUGAAGUAGAUUUUCCAUCAAGUCAGAUACAAACAAAUGACAUUUGGGAAAAUAUUACACUUUUAAUUCCCCAAGCAGGACAAUUAGAAAAUGGUGCAGAUGAUGGAAACUUUGAAAUUCUGAAGGAUGUUAAAAAAGAUUUCUUAGAAGGUUUUGCGGAUAUUGCUAAAACAAUAGGAACAAUCGUAAAAACCUUUCAGAGAAAAGAUGUAGAAGACCUGGAAAAACCAUUGGAUAUCAAUGAAAGAGAAUUCUGGGAAGGGCUUGCAGAUUUCCCUAAUAAAAUAGGAAACUUCGUAAAAAACAUAAAAAACAGAAAUGCUGGCGACAUGGCAAUUCCAAUGGUAAACAAUAAAAGAUUUUUCAUCAAUGAUCUUAUAGACGCUGCUACCCAAAUAGCAGCAAUUGUAAAAUCCUUUCAGAAUAGAGAUGUCAGAGACAUGGAGAAUCCAUUGGAUAACAAUAAAAGAUUUUUCAUCGAUGAUCUUGCAGACGCUGCUACUAAAAUAGCAGCAAUUGUAAAAUCCUUUCAAAAUAGAGAUGUCAGAGACAUGGAGAAUCCAUUGGAUAUCAAUGAAAGAUUUUUGAUCAAUGAUCUUGUUGACGCUGCUACUAAAAUAGCAGCGAUUGUAAAAUCCUUUCAGAAUAGAGAUGUCAGAGACAUGGAGAAUCCAUUAGAUAUCAAUAAAAGAUUUUUGAUCGAUGAUCUUGCAGACGCUGCUACUAAAAUAGCAGCAAUUGUAAAAUCCUUUCAAAAUAGAGAUGUCAGAAACAUAGAGAAUCCAUUGGAUAUCAAUAAAAGAUUUUUCAUCAAUGAUCUUGUAGACGCUGCUACCCAAAUAGCAGCAAUUGUGAAAUCCUUUCAGAAUAGAGAUGUCAGAAACAUAGAGAAUCCAUUGGAUAUCAAUAAAAGAUUUUUUAUCGAUGAUCUUGCAGACGCUGCUACUAAAAUAGCAGCGAUUGCAAAAUCCUUUCAGAAUAGAGAUGUCAGAGACAUGGAGAAUCCAUUGGAUAUCAAUGAAAGAUUUUUGAUCAAUGAUCUUGCAGACGCUGCUAUUAAAAUAGCAGCAAUUGUAAAAUCCUUUCAGAAUAGAGAUGUCAGAGACAUGGAGAAUCCAUUGGAUAUCAAUGAAAGAUUUUUCAUCAAUGAUCUUGUAGACGCUGCUACCCAAAUAGCAGCAAUUGUGAAAUCCUUUCAGAAUAGAGAUGUCAGAAACAUAGAGAAUCCAUUGGAUAUCAAUAAAAAAAUUUUCAUCGAUGAUCUUGCAGACGCUGCUACUAAAAUAGCAGCGAUUGUAAAAUCCUUUCAGAAUAGAGAUGUCAGAGACAUGGAUAAUCCAUUGGAUAUCAAUGAAAGAUUUUUGAUCAAUGAUCUUGUAGACGCUGCUACUAAAAUAGCAGCAAUUGUAAAAUCCUUUCAGAAUAGAGAUGUCAGAGACAUGGAGAAUCCAUUAGAUAUCAAUAAAAGAUUUUUGAUCAAUGAUCUUGCAGACGCUGCUACUAAAAUAGCAGCAAUUGUAAAAUCCUUUCAGAAAAGAGAUGUCAGAGACAUGGAGAAUCCAUUGGAUAUCAAUGAAAGAUUUUUGAUCAAUGAUCUUGCAGACGCUGCUACUAAAAUAGCAGCAAUUGUAAAAUCCUUUCAGAAUAGAGAUGUCAGAAACAUAGAGAAUCCAUUGGAUAACAAUAAAAGAUUUUUCAUCGAUGAUCUUGCAGACGCUGCUAUUAAAAUAGCAGCAAUUGUAAAAUCCUUUCAGAAUAGAGAUGUCAGAGACAUGGAGAAUCCAUUGGAUAUCAAUGAAAGAUUUUUCAUCAAUGAUCUUGCAGAUUUUGCUGCUACUAAAAUAGUAGGACUUGUAAAUUCCUCUCAAGAAUAGAGAUGUCGGAAACAUGGAAAAUAGGAUGCAUAUCAAUAAUAAAGAUUUCUAAGAAGUGGUUGCCAACGUUUCCUCACGAUUACCAAUAAGUUCAAAGGCAAAACAAAAACGUUUAUGGGAUGAAGCAUAUAAAAGCAACACUUGAACUAUGACAACUGAAGGGUGACAGAACUGCUUUAAAUAUGACUUUAGUUAAUAUACCUCAAUUAUGCUAUACCGAUUAAAAUUAAAGUAUUUAUGCAAUUGAAUUUUAAUGUAAGCAUUAUAUCUGGCCAAAAUAUUUAAAGAUUAAUAAAGAAUGUAAAUAUUUA